AUGGGUACUAAAUCAUCAAAACAAAAUUUAAGAAGUGUGGAACCAUUGAAUAGACAAACGAUUGAAGAACUUUGUCAAACAACUGGAUUUACAGAAGAUGAAUUACAGGCUUGGCACGAAAAUUUUUAUAAAGAUUGUCCAGAUGGUAAAUUAACAUUGAAACAAUUCGAACAAGAAUACGCGAAGAUAAUGGGAAAACCGACACAAAAAACAGCUGAUUAUAUUAGACAUAUGUUUAAUGUUUAUGAUGAAGAUAAAAGUCAAUAUAUUGACUUUCGAGAAUUUGUAAUGGCUUUAUCAGCUGCAUCGGCUGUUAAUCGUCUUCGUCUUAUUGAAACACUUUUUCAUGUAUUCGAUUUAGAUAAUGAUGGAAAAAUAACAAAAGAAGAAAUUGGUAAAAUGUUACAUGCACUUGUUGAUGUAACAAAUUCAAAUAAUAAACAUCAUAAUAGUUCAGAUCAACAAGAAGGAAGAAAACAAAUUGGUUUACAACAACGUAUUGAUGAUGCAUUUAAUGAAUUAAAUGCAAAUAAUGAUGAUCAUAUAACUAAAGAUGAAUUUAUUGAUUGGUAUAUGAAAUCAGGUCUUAUAUCUGAUGUACAAUCAGAGGAACUUAAUAAUCCUGAUAAAUUACGUCUUCAAAAAAUUGGUAAAAAAUCUCGAAAAAUAUUAAAAAAUACAAUACAUCAUAAAUCAAGUAAUGAACAAGAAGAAAAUCGUACUCAUAAUUCACAUCUUGUUCGUCAUAUAUCAAAAAUGACAGAACGAAAUUUAUCAAAAUACAAUGAUAAUGAUGAUAAUGAUAAUGAUUAUUAUAACAAUCAUAAUAAUAAUAAUAAUAAUAAUAAUAAUAAUAAUAAUAAUCUAACAACCGCAUCAUCAAUGAAUUAUCAUCAUGAUAGUGAUAUUGAUGAUGAACGAACAUUAAAUAAUACUACUAUACAUGUAAAAUCAAGUUUGGAUAAUACAGAUCAACAUGGUUCAACAGAAAAUGAACGAUGGCAACAUUUAUUUAAUUCUGUACUUGGACAAAUACGUGCACAACGUCUUACAGAUCAACAAACAAAUGUAAAUAAAACUAAUAAUAUGCAAUCACGAAAACGUGAAGGUGAAGAAAAACUUAAAUCAGAAGAUAUGAGACAAAAAAUAAAUGGUCGAGAAAAUCCUCCAUAUAAAUCAACAGCAAAUAUUACAUUACAACCACCAAGAAAACCAAUAGAUGAACGUCCACCAUCUCCUGAUAUUGUUACUAUUCGAUUGUAA